AUGACAGCACCAGGAAGUGUGGCACAUGAUCAAGAUAUGAAUGAUAAGCAAAUUGGUGGUGGUUGUGAUGGUGGCUGUGUUGGUGGUGGUGGUGAAGGUAAUUGUGGUGAUGGUGGUGAAGAUGAUGAUGAUGAUGAUGGGGAUGGUGGUGGAGGUAAUGAUGAUGGUGAAGGUGUUGCUGCUGAUGGUGGUAGUGGAAGUAAUAGGGAUGGUGAAGGUGAUGCUGGUGGUGGUGGUGGUGAUGAUGGUAAUGGUGAAGGUGAUGGUGAUGGUUGUGGAGGUUAUGGUGAUGGUAGUGGAUGUUAUGCUGGUGCUGGAGGCUAUGGUGGAGGUGGUGGUUGA